GAAAUUGAGAAAAAGAAAGAAAAAGAAUAAAAAAAGAAACAGAAAGCCGAAGAAAUAAGGAAAAGAGCAGAGGAUGAAGAGAAAGAGUUAAAGAAAAGGAUGCAAGAGAAGAUGGAUGCCGACUUGGCUAGAGAGUUGCAGGCCCUAGACGAGGAACCAGAUGAGGAGGCGGAGAAGUUGGAAAGAAAGCGAAGAGGUAAUGAAAAGGGGGAAUCAAGUAUCCGACUAGGUCUUGACCGUGUAGGUUGGAUACAGACCUUCGGAUACCGCACAKAUUUGGUCAUCGAAAAUGCAGACGAAAGGGAGACUUUUGAAACUGCGUUGCAAACAGCAGGAACUGAUGCUGAGAGAGCUCUGCUAAUAGAAGAGAAGGAGACUGAACUCAAAGGUAGAUUAUUAGCACAGAAAAGAGCUGAACUAGAGGAGAGAAACCGAAUGAAAGAAGAGAGGGAGAAGUUGCGUCAGGCAUUAAAGGAACAAAAGGAGAAAGAAGUUCCAGCUGCCGAUCGAUUCAAAAUCCUCACUAAUUCUGUUCUUCAGACCCAGCAUGAAGUCUCAAAGUUAUCUACUACAGUUUAUGCACUUGAACAACAUCAUCAGAACUUUGAGAAAACAUGGAACUCCUUUUUGCAAAAGUCUGCUCAGGAUAUUGAUUCUCACGUGCAAGGAUAUGUAAACCAAAUUGGACUAAAGAUUGAGGAAAAACUGACACCGGAGUUUGUCGCAAAAGUCAUUAAGGCAGAUGAACCCRACGAUAGGAAAGAUAGGAAAGACAAGGGGAAAGUUGAGCCUGAAGAAGAAAAGCCAGAAAGUAGCAAGGGGAUUAAAAUAAAAAUGAAGUUGCCAUGGUCCUACACAGGGAAGAAGGACCAAAGUGUCUUGCAUUGGAUCGCUGCAGUGGAAUCUUACUGUUAUGCGCAGCGAAUCCCGUAUGCAGACAGGGUUUUAAUGGCGUCCUCAUGCAUGGAAGGAGAUGCUAUGAGUUAUGCGAUAUCCCUGCAGAACGCUGCUAACUGUAGUACCAUGAUAGAAUACUCGCAGCAGACUCGUCUGGAGGACUUCCUCAAGUCUGUUAGGGGUCGCUUUGAGGACAAGAACAUAGCACGCCGAACAGAAACCCUGAUCUUAAGUCUGCAUGAGCGUAAGUGGAAGAACACUUCAGCACUGAAAGCAACAAUGGAUGAGCUGCUUCAGCAAACCCCUGAUCAUGGACUAACCCCUGCUCAAAUACUCAAUUCCUUUGCACGUGCAUUACCAGAACCCCUUAGAGCCCAAUUGUAUGCAGAGACUAAGAAAGAGGAUAUGACUUACGAAAAGCUUAGUAAGCUUGCCCUCGAUCAUGCUGGUUUCCUCAGUGAAGCCAACUAUGGUCAUUAUUGGAAAGAUCUGCAGGCCGGAAGGAAAUGGCGUGAUCGCACCAUUUCAGGGUCUAUUCCGGGAAGAGAAAGCCUCCUCCUGACCUUUGAGGGAGGAGGCAUGGAGGSGAUCCCUUGGGACUUAAUUGAUAAUGGUCUCGAGGACUUCAACGAUUCGGUAGCUCAGGAGGGGAGUUACGCGAACGUUGUAGCCCGYGGGGGAGGGCGUCAAGGAAGAGGGCGCGGCCGAGGAAGAGGAGGUCGUGGCCGAGGUGGAAGAGGCCAAGGCACCCAGAGGGGUGGUGGUGAAGGUAGCCACUACGUGGGUGGAAGGGGCAAUGGUCCCUCGCAAGGUGGCCGAGACUCUAACACCUGGGGAAGAGGAAGAGGCACUUGGAACCGUCCGUACCCGCCGCAUCCUGGCCUUUCGGAAGGAGAGCCAUGGAAGCAGUUGGGUAUUACACGUGAAGUGUGGCAGGCAAGGAAAGAUGCCUACCAGUGUCUCAAGUGUGGCGACCCCGACCACAUAGUCCCAUAUUGUCCUGAGUACAAAGGAGCAAAARGGACCAGCCAGUAGGGGUCUCAGUUGCCUCUACAGGGGCUUCGAAUGUUGAAAAAUCAGAAUCCUCCCAUUCGAAGGCCCCAAUGGCAGAAACUGAAGAGGAAGGCAGUCCCCAUCCAGUGUCCUGCCCAGAAACAGUUAGUGUGUGUGUUUCUCUGGAUGGUUCCCUCGCAGGUGUAGGUGAUGAGUUGACCGGUCGUCGCCGAACCUGGGCUGAAAUGAAGAAAGUCAAAGGGCAGUUAAUUCUUGCAGAUCUAGAAAUUAAUAAAGUAAGAGUUGGUGCUUUGAUUGAUAGUGGGUCUACCCGUWGCUAUAUAAGUAAGAAAGGAUUAAARAAAUUGCRUCUUGGGUUGAAGAUAAAGCAAUUAAGUGAGC